UUAAACGAGAGGGGGAUGACAGUGGCCAUAGUCCAGACAGCUGGCAGGAACCAGGGAGGAGAGAGUGGAUGCUUCGGCUGCAUCAGCUCUGUUUACUAUCUCCGUGUUGGCCGACACUUCCUCACAUCCCAGUAUUCUUUGCCUGGCAACCCUGUAACCAAGCACGGCCACAUUGACCUGCGCACAUCCAUGGAUGGCAAAUACAAAGAGAUUGCAGAGGAGCUGUUCUCCCGCAGCCUGGCAGAGAGUGAGAUGCGGAGCGCUCCAUAUGAGUUCCCUGAGGAGAGCCCUAUUGAGCAGCUGGAGGAGAGGCGGCAGCGACUGGAGCGGCAAAUCAGCCAGGAUAUCAAGUUUGAGCCUGAUAUCCUGCUGCGAGCCAAACAGGACUUCAUGAAAACUGACAGUGCGACAGAUCUGGAGUAUAUGAAAGAACAAAGCCAGGCUCCCAAAGAACUCUAUCCCGAGAGAGAGCUCGUCGUUGAGAGGGAGUAUCAGAGAGUCGCCAUCUCUGGAGAGGAGAAAUGUGGGGUUCCAUUCACUGACCUGCUGGAUGCUGCUAAAUGUGUGGUCAAAGCUCUGUUCAUCAGAGAGAAGUACAUCUCUCUGUCUAUGCAGAGCUUCUGCAGGACCACAGCACGUUACCUGCAGGAGGAGCUAGGUGGCCAACCUCUGGACCUCAACACCUUUGAGGAGAUGCCGGAGUCCUCCGUAUCUGCAAAUGCGACGGUCCACCCACCUGUGUCAGAAACCCACCCCUAUGAGGUGCUAGACCCUGCCAGCAUGCCCCCAGGUUUGGGCUACACUUGCAAGAUGGUGGAUGGUGUUGUUCAUGUGUACACACAGAAUAUGCCAAAAGAGUAUUCCUCAGAGCUAGACUUGCCGUACCCAGACCUGCAGGAAUACAUAGCUGAUAUGAACAUGAUGAUGGCGCUCAUCAUUAACGGGCCAGUGAAAUCUUUCUGCUAUCGCCGGCUGCAGUACCUCAGCUCCAAGUUCCAGAUGCACAUUCUCUUAAACGAGAUGAAAGAGUUGGCAGCACAGAAGAAAGUCCCUCACCGUGAUUUCUACAACAUCAGGAAGGUGGACACACACAUCCAUGCCUCAUCCUGUAUGAAUCAGAAGCACCUGCUGCGCUUCAUUAAAAGAGCCAUGAAGAAAUAUCCAGGUGAAAUCGUGCAUGUAGAACAAAGCCGAGGACAGACUCUAUUAGAGGUGUUUGAGAGCAUGAACCUGACGGCCUUUGACCUCAGCGUAGACACUCUGGAUAUGCAUGCGGACCGUAACACAUUUCACCGCUUUGAUAAAUUCAACUCCAAAUACAACCCCAUUGGAGAGUCCAUCCUCCGAGAAAUCUUUAUCAAGACUGACAACCAUGUUGAGGGGAAAUACUUCGGGCACAUAAUCAAGGAGGUGAUGGCAGACCUGGAGGAGAGCAAAUAUCAGAAUGUGGAGCUGCGACUCUCCAUCUACGGCCGCUCACGAGAUGAAUGGGAUAAACUGGCUCAAUGGGCCAUCAAACACAAAGUUUAUUCAGAUAACGUGCGCUGGCUGGUGCAGGUACCCCGGUUAUUUGAUGUGUACCACACCAAAAAGCAGCUAUCUAACUUCCAGGAGAUGCUAGAGAACAUCUUUAUGCCUCUGUUUGAAGUCACAGUCAAUCCCAGCAGCCACCCACAGCUACAUCUCUUUCUGGAACAUGUUGUGGGGUUUGAUAGUGUGGAUGAUGAGUCCAAACCUGAGCAUCACAUCUUUAACCUGGACAGUCCAAAACCUGUGAACUGGACGGAGGAAGACAAUCCUCCAUACUCAUAUUAUCUGUACUACGUGUAUGCAAAUAUGACUGUACUCAACCACCUGCGCAGGCAAAGAAACUUGAAUUCGUUUGUAUUACGUCCACACUGUGGAGAGGCAGGGCCUAUUCACCACCUUGUGUCUGGAUUUAUGCUGUCAGAAAAUAUUUCCCAUGGCCUGCUUCUGAGAAAAGCUCCUGUACUGCAGUAUCUGUAUUACCUGGCUCAGAUCGGCAUCGCCAUGUCCCCACUCAGCAACAACAGCCUUUUCCUCAGUUACCAUCGAAAUCCUCUGCCUGAGUACCUGUCUAGGGGCCUCAUGGUGUCUUUGUCCACUGAUGACCCACUGCAAUUCCACUUCACAAAGGAGCCGCUGAUGGAGGAGUACAGCAUCGCUGCUCAGGUGUGGAAGCUGAGCUCAUGUGACAUGUGUGAACUGGCCCGAAACAGUGUCCUCAUGAGUGGAUUUUCUCACCAGGUGAAAAGCUAUUGGCUGGGGCCGCAUUAUCUCAAAGAGGGGCAGGAGGGCAACGACAUCAGACGCACUAAUGUUCCAGACAUCCGAGUGGCGUACCGCUUUGAGACGCUGUGCGAGGAGCUGAAUCUGAUCACCCAGGCUGUGCGGUCAGAGGAGCUGGAGACGGCUGAAGAGCAGGGUUCCCUGUGCAUGGGUGCCAGACGUUAGCGGUGUCAUACUCUCUCAGUUAUUCACCCAGUACAGAAUAAUACCAACUGGAAACACUUACAGUAUCUGUGAACUACUAGAAGGCUCCAGAUAUCCAGUCAAGCAUCAGGAAACCCCAG